CGAUAAUCCACACCCCACGCCAACACUCCCACGGUGCCCAUUCACAACUCCAAAAUGGCUCCGACUUCGAUCGCCGAACUGGUGGCUGCCCUUCCGGCUGAGGACUCUUGGGGUCCUGUCACCGGAGGUGACAACAUGCUCAACGGCGUGCCCUACGCUCCCUUCUCUAAAGGCGACAAGCUGGGCCGCAUGGCCGACUGGACUGCCGAGUCCAAGACCGGUGACCGACAGGGUCGCCAGCAGUACAACCGGAACUUCCGUGACCAACAGGUGUACGGUGCCGGUACCUCCAACCUGUUCACUGUCGCUGCUGCCGAAGAUGAGUCCUCGUUCUCCGUUGUCGACAACACUCGCACCUCGGCCAAGCGUACAUUCGGCCGCGGCGGCGGCACCGUUUUCCGUGGCCGUGGCCAGCGUGGCGGUAUGGCUCAGCGUGGUGGUGGCCGUGGUGGUUUCCAGCGUGCCGGUGGUGGCCGUGGCAAUGACCGCUACUACGACAACCGGGGUGGUCGUGGUGGCCGUGGUGGCCGCCGCUUCGGAUGGAAGGACUACGACAAGCCCCAGCGCACCCGUGAGCCUUCGGUUAACAUUCGCCCUGAGUGGCAGAUGCUGGAGGAGGUUGACUUCAAUCGUCUGUCUAAGCUGAACCUCGACACCCCCGAUGGUGAGGACCUCGACUCUUACGGUUUCCUGCACUACUACGACCGCUCGUACGACCGCGCGCCCGUCAAGGGCCACGAGCGCCGUCUUCAGAGCCUCGACCGCGCUGCCUACAACGUCACCACCUCCCAGGACCCCAUCAUCCACGAGCUGGCCGAGAAGAACGAGGCCACCGUCUUCGCUACCUCCGACAUCCUCUCCAUGCUCAUGUGCGCUACCCGCAGUGUGUACUCGUGGGAUAUCGUCAUUGUCCACCAGGGCGACAAGAUCUACCUCGACAAGCGUGCCGGUGCCUCCAUUGACCUCGUCACCGUUAAUGAGAACGCCUACGAUGCUCCCCUCGAGGUUGCCGAGGCUUCUGGCAAGCUGGACCAGAUCAACACUCCUAGCGCUCUGGCCAUGGAAGCCACCUUCAUCAACCACAACUUCGCUCUGCAGACCGUGACCGAGUCUGACCAGGCCAAGGUCUCCUUCGCGCAGCCCAACCCCUUCUACAACGAGGCCGAGGAGACUGAGCCCCUCGCCUCCAAGGGCUACAAGUACCGCCGCUUCGACCUCUCCCUCGAGCGCGACGAGGACCCCCUCCGGUUGAUCGUCCGUACCGAGGUCGACGCCGUUAUGAAGCACCCCACCGGCGGCCCCGACCAGCAGUUGGUCAUCAAGGCCCUGAACGAGUUCGACAGCAAGGCCCCCGGCUCCGGCAGCGCCCUCGACUGGCGCACCAAGCUCGUUUCCCAGCGCGGUGCCGUCAUCGCCACCGAGAUGAAGAACAACUCCAGCAAGCUCGCCCGCUGGACCACCCAGGCCAUCCUGGCCAAGGCCGAUGGCAUCAAGCUCGGCUUCGUGUCUCGCGCCAACCCCCGCUCCGCUGCCGGCCACGUCGUUCUCGGCGUUGCGGGCUACAAACCCAAGGAGUUCGCCACCCAGAUGAACUUGAACCUGGGCAACGGCUGGGGUAUUGUCCGCACCGUCGUGGACCGUAUCCGUACUCUGGAUGCCGAGGAGCCUGCUGAUGCCGUUAAGAAGUACGUUCUCAUCAAGGACCCAAACAAGUCUGUCCUGCGCCUGUACCGCGUUCCUGCUACUACCUUUGAGGAGGACGAUGAGGCUGAGGCUGAGGAGGUCGAGGAGGAGAAGUCGGAUGAGGCUGAUGAGUAGAUAUCCAUGGAUUAUAAGCUUUUCGUCUGUUAGAUUCUUAUGUCUUUUUUUUUGUUCCUUUUGCUGUGCAUAUGCGCAAAAGUUUGAUAAGAGUGACGAUCUCAUUAUGAC